AUGGCAACUGAUGGAAAUUAGGCAUAAGAUACUAUGCUGAGAGGAGUGAUACAUAAUUUAUAGCAGAACAAUUUUUUAGAUGAUCCAUACUGCCCUAAUGAAUAAGUCAUUGAUAAUCAAUAUGAAUAUUACAAUUAGGAUUACUUAGAUCCUUCAUCAUUAUCAAUGGAUGGCAAAUUAAAGGAAGAGUCUUAUCGAAAAGUUCAAAAAGAAAAUUAUCAACAUAGUAUCUCAGCUAGUUAAUUUUGA